AUGGGAAGUCUUCCCCUUAUCCCUAAUAGGUCUGCAGACUUUCAGUUUCAUUUCUGCCACAUCCGGACCAUCAGUGGGUACACACCCUGUGAAAACAUCUGCCUACAGUUACUAAACUAUCGUGAAGAAGAGAAUCUAAAAGAGAGAGAAGCAGACACCAAAGUGAGCAAACAUCAAAGUUUCAUUGAGCAUCCUCUACACACAUCAGCAGACCAACUGUCGACCAUGAACUCAAUGCUAACCAGAAACCAGCAGAGAACAAUCUGCUCCCAGCUGGGAAGAGUCAAACUACAGCUGCUGUACAAAGCCAGCAUCCAUGGUUUCACUGGUGCAGCCUUCCACCAACGAUGUGACAACCACAGUCCCACAGUGUCUGUGGGCUUUAACGCCUCAGGUUAUGUGUUUGGAGGAUACACCACACAACCUUUCAGUCAGUCUGGUCAGUAUGUGUGGGAUGACCAGGCCUUUCUUUUCACCUUCAGUGGAGAAAAGCUGCUCAAAUAUCCAGUCACAGGCCCUGCUAAUGCAGUGAGAAUGAUAGCUAACUCUGGUCCAUAUUUUGGAGAAGCAAUGGUUCUUGUCAAUGGAAGCCAAGCAGUAGUGCAUAGCAAUCCAGGAAACCACUACACCUUCAAUGCUGCAGAAAUGCAUGGCAACGACCUCAACCUGACUGAGUGUGAGGUCUAUGAAGUGGAAGAAACCACAGAACUUGAGAGGCCAUGGAGGACUAUAAUCUGGGAAUCUGAGAAGAGGAAGGAGCUGAUCGACAGUAUUAAGAUCUACAAACCCACAGUCAGCUCUGUGUCCCAGAUACGGGUUUUGCUCAUUGGAGCAGUUGGAGCUGGAAAGUCCAGCUUCUUCAAUUCUAUCAACUCUGUAUUCAGAGGCCACGUCACCAGCCAGGCCAUCGCUGGCUGCUCUACCACCAGCCUCACCACACAGUUUCGCAGCUACUCUUUGAAAGCUGGCCGUGAAGGAAAACCUCUGCCAAUCGUCUUGUGCGAUACCAUGGGAUUGGAGGAAAGCACAGGGGCGGGGCUUGAUAUAGAUGACAUCAGCAGCAUCCUGAAGGGUCAUCUGCCAGACCGUUACCAGUUCAAUCCCUCUGCUCCUCUGCAUUUCGAGGCCCUCGGCUAUCAUAAGUCUCCAGGGCUCAAGGAUAGGAUCCACUGUGUGGCUUAUGUCAUUGAUGCCUGUAAGAUCUCCAUCAUGCCAACAAAGCUGGAGGAAAAGCUGGAUGCUAUCCGCAGAAAGGUCAACUUAAUGGGGAUCCCUCAGCUGGUCCUGCUCACUAAAGUAGAUGAAGCCUGCCCUUUGGUGUCAACGGAUGUGAGAAAUGUUUACAAGAGUGGCUACAUUAAGGAAGUGAUGCAGGAGGUCAGUGCUCGGCUCGGAGUGCCAAUGUCUUGUGUUGUUCCUGUGAAGAACUACAGCGAGGACUUGGAGUUGGACCCGAACUGCGACAUCCUGCUGCUCAGUGCCGUCAUCCAAAUGCUUCGCUUCGCAGAUAAUUACUUCGAUGAGAUCAAUGACCAGUUCAGCAAAGUUGAAUGUAAAUAAUAAGAAGUAUUUGUACAGUGGAUAUAAUAACCUGAGGAACAUAAUAAAAUGUCCCUCACAGUGAUCUAUCCAUUUACCAGCAGAUGACCCAUAUUUGUUGUAUGUUUCUCAAGCAAAGCGAAGCUGACCUCAAGUCAAAAGCCUGUAGACCGAUCUAUUGCUGGACCAAAAUGUACCAGGUCUAUACUGGUACAUACUGCCUCCAGGAAAUAGCUGCAUGCUUGCUCUCUCAAGUCAGACACUGACUAAUGCUCUCGCCUUCUCUCUGCGCUUGAGGCCUGAAAGAUGCGCAACAUUUACAAAUACGUUACAUUAUUAAGUCAGUCCAGACCCUGUUCUUUUCUUUUUUUCCUUUUUUUUUAAAAUCAAACUUUGUAAUAUGUCUUUUUCUCUACAGUAUUUGAUGUAUUUUUCCUAUCAGGAAACAACUUCCCAUGUUUGUACCGGCAGAUAUAAUCACAUCUAUUAUUGUGUUGCAUGUUGUGUUACCAUGGAGAAUUCUUUGAAACCUAAAACAUUUGAAAUGUGUAUGUUUAAAAGAGAAUAUAAAAUCUGAACUCCUGUUUAAA